CGCCGCCCCGGGAUGAGUGGGUGAACUUUGUCACAAAUAUCAGAGAGCUGCUUAAGACUGUGCUCCUCGGGAACAGAUGCCCACUGCACCGCGGGCUCUGCAACAAUGUACAUCUGGUUCACCGCGCUGGCCGGCCUGGCUCUGCUGUCCUGGUCGUUCCUCCGGACACAUUUCCCUCACUUAGGCGAGGAUUGCGCGUACGUCCUGCGGACCCUGAAACUCGGCUUUAGGCUCUUGACAUACAAGAAAUGCAAACCUUUCUACAGCGUCUUGGACUGCUUCUUGGACGCAGCGAAGAGGCAUCCCAGUAAGAUCUUGCUGCACUUUGAAGGACGGGAGUACACUUAUGGAGAAGUGGAUAAACAGAGCAACAAGGUGGCCCGGGCUCUGCAGGCUGAAGCCCGGCUGAAGGAGGGGGAUGCGGUCGCCUUGUUUUUGGCCAACGAGCCAAGUUUUGUGUGGACCUGGCUCGGUUUGGCCAAGCUGGGUUGUCCGGCUGCUCUGCUCAACUUUAACAUCAGAUCCAAGUCUCUGCUGCACUGUUUCUCCUGCUGCGGGGCCAAAGUGAUCAUCGCCUCUCAAGAGCUGCAGGAUGCUGUGGAGGAGGUUCUACCGACGCUGAGAGAGCAAGGUAUCAGUGUGUUCCUCCUGUCAGAGACCUGCAACAUCCAGGGCAUCAAUUCUUUGUCUGACAAGAUCUCCCAGGCCUCAGAUCAGCCAAUGUCCCAGGACCUAAGAGCCAACAUCAACAUCAGGAGCACCGCUUUGUACAUCUAUACUUCGGGCACCACAGGCUUGCCUAAAGCAGCCGUUGUCACCCAUGAGAGGGUUUGGGCCGCCUCCUUCAUCCAGGCGGCAUGUGGAGUCACAUCAGAUGACAUCUUCUACAUCAAUCUGCCUCUCUAUCACAGUGCAGGCUUCCUCAUCGGGCUGAUCGGAGGCAUGGAGAGAGGUUUAACCAUUGUUCUGAGGAGAAAGUUCUCCGCCUCUCAGUUCUGGGUCGACUGCAGGAAGUACAAUGUGACAGUGAUGCAGUACAUCGGCGAAACAAUGCGCUACCUCUGCAACACCCCCAGGAACGACAAUGAGAAGAACCACAGAGUGAGGGUCGCCAUCGGCAACGGAGUCCGAACAGACGUUUGGUCUGAGUUUCUGGAUCGCUUCGGGGACAUUAAAGUCAGAGAGUUGUACGCUGCCACGGAGGGAAACAUCGGCUUCAUCAACUACACGUCCAAAAUCGGUGCAGUGGGGAGAGUCAACUUUGUCCACAAGUUUUUCUUCCCGUACACUUUGAUAAAGUUUGACACUGAGAAGGAAGAGCCUGUCAGAAACUCUGAGGGUCUGUGCAUCGAGGCAGCCACAGGUGAGACGGGACUUUUGGUUGGAAGGGUUACUCGGAGGUCGCCCUUUGUUGGCUACGCUGGUAACCAGCAACAGACUGAGAAGAAGAGACUUCGUGACGUGAUGAAAAAAGGCGACCUGUACUUCAACACCGGAGAUUUACUUCGGUUUGAUGACAUGAAAUUUGUGUACUUUCAGGAUCGAGUUGGUGACACUUUCAGAUGGAAAGGAGAAAACGUUGCCACAUCGGAGGUUGCAGACAUUCUCACAAUGGCUAACAGCAUUUCUGAGGCAAAUGUCUACGGUGUUAAAGUUGAAGGUCACGAGGGUCGGAUCGGUAUGGCAGCUCUCACUCUGAAAGAAGGAGAAGAUUUUGACUGUUUGCACGCCUACAAGCAGGUCGUCAACUACCUCCCAGCGUACGCAAGACCUCGAUUCAUCAGGAUUCAGCCUUGCCUGGAGAUGACGGGGACAUUCAAGAUGAAGAAAGUGAAGUUGGUGGAGGAGGGAUUCAAUCCGGCUCACAUCGAAGAUCCUUUAUACUUUUUAGAUUCUGAGAAAAAGAUGUACGUUCCCCUGACCGAGGACAUCUACAGAGCGAUCGCCUGUCGGGAGAUAAAACUCUAACACAGAAACUUUAAAGUAGCCAGUAUUGAACCAGACUUUGUUUUCAAAGAUGGAAAGGCUCAUUAUUGGACAUUUUUAUCAGUCAACUUAUCUCAGGGACGGACUGACUUUGAAACAUUGCACCAUGUUUUAACCCUCCUGUUGUCUUUUAUCCUUGGGGGGUCAAUUUGACUGCAGCAGUUUAAACCUCCAAUUCAGUUUAUUUUUCAAUUCAGUUUAUUUUGUAUAGCCCAGAAUCACAAAUUACAAAUUUGCCUCAGAGGGCUUUACAAUCUGUGCACAUGCGACAUCCUCUGUCCUUCCCUCACAUCGGCACAGGAAAAACUCCCCUAAAAAACCCCUUUAACAGGGAGAAAAAAGGAAGAAACCUAUGGGAGAACGACAGAGGAGGGAUCCUUCUCCCAGGAUGGACAGAAUGCAAUAGAUGUCAUGUGUACAGAAUGAGCAGCAUAACAGUUCUUAGAUACAACACAUUCAAUGUAUAUGACAUAAAUGAUUCAUAUAAUAAGACUACUUAUAAUAACAAAAAAAAGACCUCCAGAAAUGAUUACAAUUAAAGUUAUUACCCAACUUUAUGUGUCAGGUACUUUGUGAUAAAACAUGACUCCAGAAUCUUUUUCUGGUGUUUGUGAAGCAACAGGAGGGGCAACUUCAUUGGUUUCAUUCUCAGAGGAGAAUCAGGGUCCUUCUCAACAUUAUCCUCAGUUUCAGACUCAUUCUCCUCUAAGUCACUUUCACUGUCAGAAAGCUGUGACUAAACAUAACUGGCACAAAAUGGGACGUAUCAGGGGUUUCCACAUUACUACAGGAAUGUGUUAUGGCAGGUGAGGCCCCUAAAGAUUGAAACAUUGUAUAGUGACCUCAAUAUCAACUAAAACAAUGUCUUAUUUGAAUUUAUACUGGGGAACACUGAUCCAUACUAAAUGUGUGAAGGACAUCAAAAACAUAUGUUCAUUUUAUGUUUAACAGUUGUCCCCAUUAGAUUAGAAAAAGUAAUUAAAAUGAAUCAAUAACAAUGUGUUGUAAAGCUGUCUUUUAGAGACGUUAAUCAUUCAGAUCGACCCCAAAGAUAAUAGUAGGGGGUUGAAAGACUAGUUAUACUACUAACACAACUACCAUGCAUCUCUAAAUUUUUUGUAAAUGUAUUCCUUAAUGCUGACUGUAUUUGAUAUACAGGUAUGCCACUGUUGUACUUUUAAUAAUAAAACUCUGGUUGUCUUUUUUUC